AUGCUGUAAAGUCAGUAAUGUAAACAAACGCUUUCUUUACAUUUUCAACGCAGUGCUACAGUUGUAAAAUAUGAUUAGAUAUAUAUUAUACUGAAUUUUUAACACUCUUCUGGUUUGCAAUGCUUGUAAAUGAAUACAGACUAAAGAUUAUGUUCAAGAAAAUUCGGAAGGUGCGAAAUAUUAAUAACAUUCCAAUGAUCGGGUCCCGAUCAUUGGAAUGUAGACCGGCGCAGAACGUAUGCGCAGAACGGACUUUACAACAUCUUUGAAUCUAAUUUCCAUAAUCUGGACAAGUGUCCCCUUAAACGAUUAUAAUCAGUGUAGAAGGAAAACGCUUGGUAUUUUGAUGAAUUACGUAUCAAUUAUGGAUUGACAGUGCAUGGAAAGCAUUUUUGAAACACCCUGCGUAUAACCGUCAAAGCAUCAUGUCUUUUAUUGUUCCUAUAUGUUACAUAUAAAGUACGAGGGGAGAUAUUGAAUUUUUUUAGUAUGCUUGUGGUUUUACAUUAAUGCUAUAAUAACUUGAUUGUAAUAAAACGUGCCUCAAGCAUAUUUAGAUGAAGUUGAAAAUUACAUUAUAUAACCGUUAUAAUCAUAUUUGCUUUGUUUUAUUUUAUUUUAUUUUAUUUUAUUUUAAAAUUAUGCAGUGCAGUAACGAAACCAAGUACAAAAAGAAUGAAAAGUGCACCUAUGAAGCACAACAAGGUACAGUACCUUAAAUUUUUAUACCAACACUACCAGGAAAAUUCCAGGCUUUGAAUAUAAAACAAAAAUCACUAGUUAAAAUUUAAGGCGUUCCGCUAACAGAAUGCUAAUGCAUCAUAACAGAAUGCUAAUGCAUCAUCACGGUAAUAAAUCAAUACAUUUGCUUAUUUACAUGCAUGUAUUGUUUUGUUUUUGGGGGGGAAAUACCGGUACUUUCGGGGCGGCGGUCCCCCUUCCUUCCACGAUACCUUUGCGAAUUAUUUCACAUCUGACAAUGAUUUCUCAGGCGUGAAGUGUUUCAAUUGCACAUGCGAAAAAAUAAUUUCACAGGUUUAAUUAAUAAUUUUGCAUAUGAAUCUUUGCUUUCAAAUGUGAAAAAAAUGGGUGAAGCCAAAAAUUUCACAUGUGAAAAUCCAGAACUUCACAUGUGAACCCCACAUUAUAUAAAAUUUCCCAUAUGAAAUAAUAUGAGGAAUUUCCAUAAAGACAUGGUAUAAGCACUAUCAUAUAUCUGAUUUACAUAAUGUUUCGUACCGUAUUGUGUCAUGCAUGGAGAUCACAACCAAAAUAUACGUAUAAAAUAAAAAUACGCGUGUACCAAAAUAUAUACCCUUCUGGAAAGUAGCUCAUUUUGGCCAUAGAGCCUCGUUUUAGUGUAUGUCACUUUAGCUAAAUCCAAACGUUUCAACCAUAAAAACGAGGAUCAAUAGCCAAAGUGACGUAGGCCUACUUUGCCGCGAGUGUAUUAAAAUAAAUAUGUUCCAGGAAACUGUAAUUCUGCAGUAGUAGUAUUAACUCUCGAAUCUUAAAUUGCAACUAUUAGUAACUCAAAGCAAUAUAUUUGGAUCAUUUUAAUAAGAGAAAUUGAAUAUAUCUCGAAAGUGAAAAACCUCAUCAAUUUUUUCACCAUCAAUCAAAGAUCCCGGAUAUGAUGUCAUUCGACGUCAUGGAAUUAGUUUUCCCUGGCCUCGGUUUUUUCCAGUUACGAUACCAUCUUACUGGAAUCAUAUCUGGCAACUUUGACAAAGUUGAUGAUUUUAUAGUAUAAUGAUAUAUUACAUUUCUUCUUUGAAUGACCAAAACAAAUAUCACGCAUAUCAAAAAUCAUAUUUCUGGCACUUUAAAAAUUCAUGAAAUACCCAAAGCUGACAAAGAUCUGAUCGUGUAUAAUGGCAGAUAUAAGGGAAACAACAGAAUCGAAAAUUGAUAGCGUAUGUAGCAUACAUACUAAGGAGAAGGUAUUAUCAUUUGAACAAAACGUGACGUUAAUAACGUCGCGUUAUUCACGCUAACAACACUUCCAAGCAAACAGUUAAUUUAGAGCCUAGAUGAACUGAAAAAAAUAUAUAUUUAACAGGUGUCAGGAAACAAAAUGUAACCUGUAGUGUCUUGAAAGAAAAAUACCCUGGUCUCAGAAAUGGAGUUUUCAAAAUAGGUCCUCAGGGUGGUGGCACGUUACCAUUUGCAGUAUAUUGUGAUAUGACCUCGAAGAAUGAAGUUGGAGUGACCGUGAUUGGACACAACAGUGAAUCAAGAACCAAAGUAAAUGGAUAUGAACAAAGAGGUUCAUAUCGAAAGGACAUUACAUAUGACGUCACAAUAGAGCAGAUUGUUGCAGUUAUAAACGAGUCUAGUUACUGUGAACAGUUUAUCAAAUACGAAUGUCACGGUAGCCUAAUGAGUGAUGCAUGGUGGGUCUCCCGUCAAGGUAAUGUUAAAUAUGGCUUUAUUAAAAAGGGAUACGGCGCUAUAUAAUGAAAGAACUUUUAAACUUUUACGCAAAUCGAUUUAUUCGCAUCAUGGAAUUAUGAAUAUUUACUAAUUAUAUAGAGGAGCAUUGACAUGCAUGCAUGCAGCAACCCUUCGCAAUCAAGCAACUGUAUAUAUAGUCCCCAAAUAUUGUUUGAACACAAUAUGUUGCAACAGGAAAAAUAUAUAAAGGCUAAAAAUCGCAGUCAUUUACUCUAUUGGUUCUGAAUUUCAAGGUAAACGGAUGAAUUACUGGGGUGGGGCAGCAGUCGACAGUGGAAAGUGUGCAUGUGGGAUGAACAACAGCUGCGUUGGAGGUAAACGUUGCAACUGUGAUUUCAAUGACCAAAAUCUUCGUGAAGACAGUGGGUUCUUGACGGACAAGAACACGUUGCCUGUGAAGCAACUGAGAUUUGGUGAUACAGGAAGCUCAAAUGAAUAUGGAUUCCAUACCCUUGGAAAAUUACUGUGUUGGGGAUAA